UCAGUUACAUUUUAACUUCUUUGCCAGUUCCUUUCCUGAUAGAACCCAUAUCAGCUUAGAGGAGGAGGAUAAAGAAUCCCGAAAAGGCACAACUAUGUGGGCUGAGAAGUGGGUUUCAGCUCUUUUUCUGCUGCAGCUCUGCUGCUUUAGCUGUGGGUCCUGUGGGAAAGUCCUGGUGUGGCCUAUGGAGUUUAGUCACUGGAUAAAUAUGAAGACCAUCCUGGAUGAGCUGGCACAGAGGGGCCAUGAGGUAACUGUACUGGCACCUACAGGUUCCAUUCUUAUUGAUCCUACCAACGCAUCUCUUCUCAACUUUGAGGUUUUUCCUGGGCCAUUCACAAAAGAAGAUUUUCUUACUUGUUUAGACAAAUCAGUGGAGGAAUAUGUGAAUGAACUGCCAAAACUUUCACCUUGGGAGUAUGCUACAAAGAUGCAAGAUUUAUUUUUUGAAGGUUCAAAGGUCCUUAAACAGCUUUGUGAGAGUGUUGUUUUGAACAAGAAGCUUAUGAAGACAUUGAAGGAAGCCACAUAUGAUGUUGUUUUUUCAGAUGCUUUUGCUCCUUGUGGGGAGCUUAUAGCUGAGAUCUUUGGAAUACCUAUUGUCUAUACUCUUCGGUUCACUACUGGCAAUACUUAUGAAAAAUACUGUGGAGGACUCCCUUCUCCCCCUUCCUAUGUGCCUGUGAUCUUGUCAGAAUUGACUGACAAGAUGACAUUCAUGGAGAGGGUAAAAAAUGUACUUUACUUCCUUUAUUUUGACUUUUGGUUUCAGAAUUUUGAUGUGAAGGAUUGGAAUCAGUUUUACAGUGACGUGUUAGGAAGACCUACUACAUUAUGUGAAACUAUGGGAAAAGCUGAAAUGUGGCUGAUUCGAACAUACUGGGAUUUUGAAUUUCCUCGUCCGUACUUGCCAAAUUUUGAGUUUGUUGGAGGACUCCACUGUAAGCCUGCCAAGCCUCUUCCUGAGGAAAUGGAAAAAUUUGUCCAGAGCUCUGGGGAACAUGGCGUUGUGGUAUUUUCUCUUGGGUCAAUGGUCAAAAACCUGACGGAGGAAAAGAGUAACCUGAUUGCUGCUGCUCUUGCCCAGAUUCCACAGAAGGUUCUAUGGCGAUACGAAGGAAAGCCGCCAGCCACAUUAGGUUCAAAUACCAGAACCUAUAACUGGAUUCCCCAGAAUGAUCUUCUUGGUCACCCCAAAACCAAGGCUUUUAUCACUCACGGUGGAACCAAUGGAAUCUAUGAAGCUAUCUAUCAUGGAGUUCCCAUGAUAGGUGUGCCCAUGUUUGCUGAUCAGCCUGAUAACAUCGCUCACAUGAAAGCCAAGGGAGCAGCUGUUGAAGUGGACUUUCAUAAAAUGACAACUGCAGAUAUGCUUAACGCUUUGAAGACAGUCAUCAAUGACCCCUCAUACAAAGAGAAUGCUAUGAGAUUAUCAAGAAUUCACCAUGACCAACCCGUGAAACCUCUAGACCGAGCUGUCUUCUGGAUUGAAUUUGUGAUGCGUCACAAAGGUGCUAAGCACCUUAGACCUGCCGCCCAUGACCUUACCUGGUACCAGUACCAUUCCUUGGAUGUGAUUGGCUUCCUACUUGCUUGUGUGGCAACCGUUGUCUUCAUAGUUGUCAAAAGCUGCUUGUUUUGCUUCCGGAAGUUGGGUAAAACAGGAAAGAAACAAAAGAGGGCAUAAUUUCCUCGGAUACCUAAGGUUGAGGGUGUGGGGUUGAAGAGGUGAGGAAAGAGCCUGGAAGAUCUCCACCUUAGUAUAAUUUAGUCUAGCUGCUAUGAGAUUUGAAACAAACUCCUCCUUUUCCCAAUUCAACAAUAUUUAUAUAGCUGUUAUUAUGUGCAAAUCACUGUAGAUAAGUCCUAAAAGAAGUGGAAAGAUAAAUAAGAUAGUUCCUAUCCUUGAUGAGUUUACAACCAAUUUAGGAAGACAAGAUACGUAUACACAGAAAAUCAGAGUGGCAAUUAUAAUAUGAUAAGAGACAUACCAAAAGAAGCACUUUUAGAGUUUUUUUCUUUUCAUUCUCUAGUUUGUAAUAUUAAAGAUUUUCCCAGGUAGAUUAGGAAAACUACAAUACCAUUGGAAAAUCACAUUGAGGUACAGGAGAAAAAAACAAAAUUCAAAUGGAAUUAUUCCUCAAUCUUCCACUUGGUCUUGGUUGCCUGACUGCUUUCUUUUGAUCUCCUACCCAUCCUUUCCAUAUCCACAGUUGUUAUUUCACACCCUUGAAUAUAAUUUCCAAGAGUCAUUCAAGCACUUUUAAAUCUUGAUCUGAGUACAACUUGCCCCAAAUGGUUUGUGACCAUACCCUGAUGUUCUAGGACUGAUAACUCAGAGACCUGACCUCUACCACAAACUUUGCUGAGUCACCAUGAGACUUCAUGUCUCCGAGGUCCAAUUUCCUCGUUUGCAAAAUGAGAAAGGAGUGGAGGUGGUUCGACAAGAUGAUUUCAAAGAUUCCUUCCAUCUCUAAAAGUGGAAGUCCAAAGACCCAGAGUUCAAUGCUGACACUUUGAUUCAUUAAGUAUCUCUGACAGAUGUGUCAGGGCUGUGGAGAUACAAAGUUGCUCAUGGUUGAAACUGACUGAAGGGUAACUGUCCUAACCAAGUCCUUAAAUUCUUCUUAAAAUGUUUACAUUAUUCUAUGACAUCAGAGUAAAUGAUCAAAAGAUCUUAACUCCAUCUUUAGACCUAAAGGUCUGUUCUCUUUACGAUAUACUACUGAAUCUCCACCUUCACUGCUGGAAAUAGGACCAAAAUUGUAUACUCAGCUUAGCCUUGGUAUUUAUUUGGUUUGAGGAUAUCCAGAAUGCUGCAGAGAUUUUUCCAGGUGCCUUGCAGGAGCCUUUUGAUUGUUAGGAGCUUAUACUAAGGCAGGACAUAAUAUCAUUUUGUCCUCGUUUUGCCAUCAAACAUCUCCUUGUAGCAUGUGACUUAGCUUUGAAAACUCAGAAUGGCUUACGCCCAUUUUCUACAAACCAAAUUGCUAUUCACAUGUGGCCUUAAGCAUCCUUGAUCUGUGCAUCAACCCUUUGGUUCAGCAUUCCUCUGUUCAAAGCUCAUCGUUAUCUUCUUUCCAAAGAAGUAGUGGAAUUUUCAUUUGUCAUAGCAGGAAAUACGCUUUGGUUUAUCUAUCUGAAAAGAAGCCAUUCUCCCCCUUAGCCACCUUACAGAUCUUUUCUGAAAAGUGAGGGACUUGGAGACUCCCAAGUACAGUUGACUGGAAAUUAAGCAUAGUUCCACCUAAUUGUAAACUUUUUGGGCUUGCCUUUCCCUUCCCUGAUAGCUUCUCCUGUUCUCUUCUUCUCAACUCCACCUUCCUGAUAGGUACAAGAUCUUGGAAUUAAUGACAUUGAAUACCUCAGUGCAUUCACUCAGUCAUCAGAAUAACUGGACUUGUACACCAAACUCAGCAAAAUAAAAAAAUUGAAAUUCAUUGAAGAAAAGAAUUCAGUUAAUUAGCAUUUCCAAGGCCCUGGAAAAUAAUUUAGGAGUAAGUAGUUCUGUGCUUCAAUACCAAAAAAAAAAAUCUAAAACUUCUCUAUUUCUAGAGAGUAUCCAUUCAAAAUCCCUACUAAUCAAAUGAUCUAAGGUCAUAGGAUGCUCUUAGAGUGAUAAGUGGUGGCAGUAGUAACUGUUAAAAAAGAAUUGCUAAAGGAUUUCUUUCACAUUUCAUCUUGACUAGUAAUACCUAAAUUUAGAGCAAAGUAAAAUUACUCCCAUGUCUUAUAAGAAGAAUUACACAGAAUGCUUUUCUUUUCUCAAGAAGAAACAUUAUCUCCAAUACACUAAUGGGAAAAGGGGGAUAUUUUAGAGUAGAGGAAACUAUAAAGGAAUACAGGAGGAAAAGUUGGUGUUCUGUAGUAGUAUAAAACAAAAUAAUAACAAAAUAAAAAUCUUAUGAGUACCAUGCAUUUUUAUUUUUAAAAAUAUUUGUAUUGAUCAAUUCUUAGACCAUAAUCAAAGUAAUAAAGCCCUGUGGGGAAGCAUUGAAUUUAGCUCUCUAGAAAUUAAGCCAUUACUGUCCUACAGGUUUUAGUGCUUUGUAAACCCUGUUUCUUAAAAAUAAUGGGGUUUGCUACAAUUCUAGUUUAAUCUUUUUAGAGUGUUUGUAGCUAAGUCAAAUCUUUUAAAUUUUCUUCUAAUUUAAAAGAGUUAAAGAUGAACAUGGUCCAAGGCAUUCUAUCUCAUUGUAGAUUUCUAAACAUCAUCCAGACCAUACUUGACCAGGACUAAUUUUUUGAGUUUUAAAUUUUCUACUUAGGGACAGAUAUUGACAUAAUGCUCCUUAAAUUGUCUAUCAAUGUGCUCAUUAUGUUGAUUAAGCAUUAGAUGUUUGUAAGUCUUGGGACAAAAGUCUAUAUAUUGUUGCUGGAAUUCUUACCAUUGUAAUAUGUGUGUUUACCUAGGAGUGUAAGGUCUGCACAUGAUACAUUUUCAGAGAACAAGUGCCCUCUACUGGCUUGGCUAAAAACUGUGAAUUCCUACAUAACUUCCAAGUUCAUUUUUCAAAAGCAUACUUACAAUUCGUAUGAUUGUGGCACUGUUAAUGUUACUUCUUGAACUUGACUGAAAAUAGUAAUAUAUGAUUGCAAAUUCUUUGUAUGCUGAUUUUAGGUUAAUAUGCAAAUAAGCAUUGUAAAUUAAUUUUCCAAAGAUUUUUAAAUAAAAAAAAUGAUUGUUAUGGUA